AUGUCUCGAAAGAGUACGGUAGAUUAUCACACUGGAUAUCGAUACUUAUCUUCAUCAUCAUCUCAGCUCAAUACAUUGUUCUCGAUAAUAAAAGUUCUUGGUUAUAUCGCUUUGUAUUGGUGUUGCUCAAUUACAUUAACAUUCUUCAAUCGGACUUUGUUUCGUGAUUAUGAAUUUCCACUUUUUAUAACGACAUUACAUGUGGCUAUUAAAUUUCUCUCGGCUGCUCUUAUUCGAUGGUUUCUACAUCGAUUUUGUUUCUGUUCGUGCUGUACAACUAUGUGUGGACAUCAGCAAAAUAAUGAACGAGAUAGAGUGAAGUUAACAUGGUCUAUUCUAUGGCGGAAGAUCGCCCCAACUGGUAUCACUGCUGCACUUGAUAUCAGUUUAUCUAAUUGGUCUUUGCAAUAUAUAACUAUUUCACUCUAUAUCAUGUGUAAGUCAACUGUGAUCAUUUACAUUCUGCUAUUUGGCAUUAUAUUUGGCCUUGAGCGUUUCCGUUGCUCGCUAAAUUCCAUGCAUUCGGUUUUCUUCUUAUUAUGA